AUGAGUAGCCCUCGCCGAAGAAUCGAGACGGACGUCAUGAAGCUCAUGAGUGACUAUGAGGUGACCCUGGUCAACGAUAACACUCCGUUUGAAGGCGGCCUCUGGAAAGUCCACGUCGAGUUGCCUGACACCUACCCGUACAAGUCGCCGAGCAUCGGCUUCGUCAACCGCAUCUUCCACCCCAACAUCGAUGAGCUGUCUGGAUCCGUUUGCUUGGACGUAAUCAACCAAACAUGGUCGCCGAUGUUCGAUAUGAUCAACAUUUUCGAGGUCUUCCUCCCACAGCUCCUGCGCUAUCCUAAUCCGACCGAUCCCCUCAACGGAGAGGCGGCGGCGUUGUUGAUACGCGAGCCCAAAAGUUAUGACGCCAAGGUCAAGGAGUAUGUACAAAAGUACGCAACGAAGGACGCAGCCGACGAGGCCGGGGCCGAAAGCGAAGACGAGGACGACAUGUCCUCAGUAGCAAGUUUUGGCGAUGAGGACGAAGAGCCAGCAGGACAGAUGGACGACGUAUAA